UUUACAUCACGCGCUCCGCGCGCACGAUGCCCCGGCAUUCUUUUUGUAGAACCUCAGCGCGUGGUCAGCGCAGUGAUCAAAAUUUUACAUCGCCCUCUCUUCGGCGCUGAACCCGAACCGAAGCGGCACUCGAAGCCAUCGCGAGAGCCGGACAGAAGGUAAACUCAGCAGGAAGGCGUUCGUUCAACAUGGCGGAGAUGGGCGACCCUCGGGCCGCUGUGUGCACCGAGUUCUCGCAGCGCCUCGCAGCACUAGAACCGACGCGAGACGAGCCCACGCUGGACGAGAACGACCGGUACGUGCCUAGCCCUCGCGAAGUCGAGCUCACAACGAGAGUCAUUGCCGAAGACUGCGUGGUAGCCCUCGGACCCCCGGAGCUGAGGCGACAGCUGUGCCUGACUGUAAUACGAGAAAAAAUGUCCUCGCUCGCCGUUAUUGUGGGCCAGCGGAUCGCCGAGGACGACUACUUCUUGGACUACCUGCGAAUACUGCUGGCAGCCGACGUCCACGUCGUGCCUUGCGCGUCGUCUUGGCCUCGAGAAGCGGACAAAUGCGUGUGCUUGGUGGAACCCGACGUGCUGUGGUCCCUCCUUGCGAAUGGCUUCGUCAGCACGGCCGAGGUUAGCGUUCUAGUCCUGCGCGACUUCGAGCACUACUUGGAUCCCGGCCACGCCUACCGUAAGCUCGUGCCGUGCUUCCAGAAAGUUUCUGGACAGAACAGGAAUUCGUCCGGAACGUGGCUGUUAGCACUCGCCGACGAACUGCAGGUCUGCAGUCUAGAUGGCCUCGAAAGCGAUUUGGAACGGCUGAGGACACCACUCAAGUUGACAUGCUGUCUCGCGACGCCCGUGAGACCGCACGCCAAGGAGGCUGCCCUCGAGGUCUGCUUGCUCGAGAUGGACUGGUCGGCGCAAGUCGGCAGCAUUGUGUCCAGCUCUGACGACCCAGAAGUGCAAGAAGUGGGCGCGACUCUGCGUGAGCGAGGCAUCGUGGCGGCUUGCUGCUUAGCCAAGAAGAUGGACGUAGCCAAUCCUCGGGCAGAGCUGCAAGAAUUUUUGGCGCAGUGCCAGAAACUCAUGACCAAGCUGAAGGGUGACGCUCUUCUGGGCAACGCCCAGGGCAAGACGCUGGCCCUCACGUCCACCGUGGCUUCUCAACGGGAUCUGAGGCGAUGGCUCCUAAGCCGGCAGUCGGUGGAGGUUGCCGAAGAGCUCGAAGACGUGGAGAUCAUGCCAAUGUUUGUCUUCGUGGCGACAACGGCAGACAUACCGACGUUGCGGCACUACAAAUGGGACGUCGUGGUUUUUUGCGACCUGCCUUUCGGAGUCUACUGCGACGCCUUGCUGGAAACGGCAAACCGUGCGGUCGCUCUGACUACAGAACCUCACUGGAAGAAAUGGAAGGAAGCCUUGGACUUGCACGACGACUUGGACAGGCUUGUUCUGCGCGUGAACCAGUCAUAAAGUAAGCGGUUCUCAAAGAAAAAAAGAAGUUCGCAUUGUCUGA